CUCUGUUGUUCAGUUUUGGUAGCAGAAAGAACGAAACAAAGAAGAAAUGGGAGAGGAGAAGCCAAAAUCCAUAGGAGUAUGGCCCGCAGUGAAACCCUUCGUCAAUGGCGGAGCCUCUGGCAUGCUCGCUACCUGUGUUAUCCAACCCAUCGACAUGAUCAAGGUGAGAAUUCAGUUGGGUCAGGGAUCAGCGGUUGAUGUCACCAGGAACAUGCUAAGGAACCAUGGUAUUGGCGCCUUUUACCAGGGGCUGUCUGCUGGGCUGCUUAGACAAGCUACAUACACAACUGCCCGACUUGGAUCAUUUAGGAUUUUAACAAAUAAGGCAAUUGAGGCCAAUGAUGGGAAGCCCCUACCUUUAUAUCAGAAGGCUUUGUGUGGGCUAACUGCUGGAGCAAUUGGAGCAUCCGUUGGUAGUCCAGCAGAUUUAGCACUCAUUCGUAUGCAGGCAGAUGCUACCUUACCUGUCGCGCAGCGCCGGAACUACACGAAUGCAUUCCAUGCCCUGUAUCGUAUUGUUGCAGACGAAGGAGUUUUGGCACUUUGGAAAGGUGCAGGCCCUACAGUAGUGAGAGCAAUGGCGCUGAAUAUGGGAAUGCUUGCCUCAUAUGACCAAAGUGUGGAGUUCUUCAAGGAUUCUCUUGGUUUUGGUGAGGCAGCUACAGUGGUUGGGGCCAGUUCAGUUUCAGGAUUCUUUGCUUCAGCCUGUAGUUUACCCUUCGAUUAUGUGAAAACCCAAAUACAGAAGAUGCAACCUGAUGCUGAAGGGAAAUUCCCAUACACUGGUUCCUUAGAUUGUGCCAUGAAAACCUUGAAAUCUGGAGGCCCCUUCCAAUUCUAUACAGGAUUUCCAGUAUACUGUGUUAGGAUUGCCCCCCAUGUCAUGAUGACAUGGAUAUUCCUUAACCAAAUCCAAAAGUUCGAGAAGACUAUUGGGUUGUAGUGUGUUCUGCGGAUAUAGUGAUCUUAGUUGGAGUUUUGAGCUCUGACUAUCAGAAUAAUAAUACCUUCUGAUUUUGUGUUGUAUUUCUUCCUGCCCUUGUUAACUUCAUACCCCUGAAGACAAACCUUUGUCUCAGAAAUAUUUAGCAAUUGAUAGAAUUAUAUUGUAUUACAUUGGAACUAAAAUAUUUUUUGGGUGUGACUGAAAUAGGAUUUCACCAACUGAUUUUUAUUUCGGAAAGUUACUUAUUUGAGAUCCUUGAGAGAAGAUUGCUCAAGCAAAAUAAUUCAUGUACUCUGAAUUAGAAAAAACCAAUUGGCUUUUUGGCAUAUCAAUGGUUGUAUUGUCUUCUCCUUGAUCAGGGGAUAAUUUGCUUC